AUGCAGCUCUCUCUGCUCGCCAUCGUCGCCGUUGUGGUGUCCACCGUCUUGGCUGGUGUCGUGAUUACGCCCAUCUUUGCGGACCAAGUCGUGGAAAAGGCCUCUAACGACUGCUUUUUUGGCGUGACAACGCCGUCUGGUUGCGGUCCCCUCCGCAAGACGAGGAAGACGGCGGCAUAA